UGGACGGGAUGUUUUUUCAACAGCAACAAUUCAUCCACCUCGGUAGCGUUCUUGCCAACACAAAUCCACAACAUUGAAGCUCUUUAGGCCAUUUUUGUUCAUAUUAACUUCAGGGUUUUAAACACAUUGUCUGCGUAGUUACUCUAUAUAAUUUACUAUUUCCGUUAUUAGCUAUCUAGCUAAGUAACACUAGCCUAAUGGUAACUAGCUUACUUGCUAACAUCCUCGACCAUGAGCUUCUGCUACUUCCCCCUUGCUAAAGAAGAGGUCUGCUGGACAGAGAAAGAAGUUAUUGUGAAAGAAGAGGAGGGAGAGGAGGCUGUCACAGUUAAAAAGGAAGUAGAGGGUGAGGCUGUUACAGCGAAAGAGGAAGAAGUUACAGUGAAAGAAGAGGAAGAAGCUUUUAGAGUGAAAGAGGAGGAUGCCGUUUUUGGAAUGAAGGAGGAGGGAGAGAUUACUGUCACGUUGGAGGAGGAAGGGAAGACUGGAGAUCUGAUUAACACCAGAGAAAGACCAGACUCGGAGGAACCAGAGACGUCCAACCCAGCAAGACGACACCACUGCUCCCACUGUGGAAAGGGUUUUAACCAGUUAGGGGACCUGAAACGACAUGAGAGAAUACACACAGGAGAGAAACCUUUCCAAUGCUCCCUGUGUGGAAAGAGUUUUUCCUUGUUAGCGAGCCUGAAAAGACAUGAGAGGACACACACAAGAGAUACUCCUCAUCACUGCUCUCAGUGUGGAAAGAUAUUUAUUCAGUUAGGGAACUUAAAAAUACAUGAGAGAAUACACACAGGAGAGAAGCCUCAUCCCUGCUCCCAGUGUGGAAAGAGUUUUAACCGGAAAGAAUACCUGAAAGAGCAUGAGAGAAUACACACAGGAGAGAAGCGAGAUAGACCUUUCCAAUGCUCCCAGUGUGGAAAGAGUUUUUCCUUGUUAGCGAGCUUGAAUAUACAUGAGAGGACACACACAGGAGAUAAGCCUCAUCACUGCUCCCAGUGUGGAAAGAGUUUUAACCUGAAAGGACAACUGAAACAGCAUGAGAGAAUACACACAGUGGAGAAGCCCUACCACUGCUCCCAAUGUGAAAAGAGUUUUGCUUGGUUAGGGGACCUGAGAAGACAUGAGAGGACGCACACAGGAGAGAAGCCUCAUCAUUGCUCCCAGUGUGGAAAGAGUUUUAACCAGUUAGGUCACAUGAGAAGACAUGAGAGAAUACACACAGGAGAUAAGGAUGUAGGCUGCUGAACAGUAAAGGGUGGCUACUUUGAAGAAUCUCAAAUAUAAAAUAUAAUAUGAUUUGUUUUACACUUUUUUUGGUUACUACAUGAUGUGUUAUUUCAUAGUUUUGAUGUCUUCAGUAUUAUUCUACAAUGUAGAAAAUAGUAAAAAUAAAUUAAACCUUUUAAAUGAGUAGGCUGCUCCAAACAUUUGACUAGUACUGUACAUCUACAUGAUGUAUUGUUACACCUUGUAGGAGCAGUAUAGACCCAGUCUGUUCAUUAUAUACAUCUACAUGAUGUAUUGUUACACCGUGUAGGAGCAGUAUAGACCCAGCUGCAUAUUGUGAUAUGUUUGUUAACUUCGUUUUAAAUACUCACUCAUUACAAAUCUGUUCUGAUCAACAGGGGACUGUCUUGUUAGAUUUCAAUGCUGCUUUUGACAUUAUCGAUCAUAGUCUGCUGCUGGAAAAACAUAUGUGUUAUGGCUUUACACUCUCUGCUAUAAUGUGGAUAAAGAGUUACUUGUCAAACAUAACAUGGAGGGUGUUCUUUAAUGGAAGCCUCUCAAAUAUAAUCCAGUUAGAAGCAGGAAUUCCCCAGGGCAGCUUUUUAGGCCCCUUGCUUUUUUCAAUCUUUACUAACAACAUGCCACUGACUUUGAGUAAAGCCAGUGUGUCUAGGUAUGAGGAUGACUCAACACUAUACACAUCAGCUACUACAGCGACUGAAAUGACUGCAACACUCAACAAAGAGCUGCAGUUAGUUUCAGAAUGGGUGGCAAGGAAAAAGUUUUCCCUAAAUAUUUCUAAAACUAAAAGCAUUGUAUUUGGAACAAAACACUCACUAAACCCUAAACCUCAACUAAAUAUUGUAAUAAAUAAUGUGGAAAUUGAGCAAGUUGAGAUGACUAAAGUGCUUGGAGUAACACUAGAUUGUAAACUGUCAUGUUCAAAACAUAUUGAUACAACAGUAGCUAAGAUGGGGAGAAGUCUGUCUAUAAUAUAGUGAUGCUCUGCCUUAACAACACUAUCAACAAGGCAGGUCCUACAGGCCUUGUCGCACCUUGACUACUGUUCAGUCGUGUGGUCAGAUGCCACAAAAAAGGGCAUAGUAAAAUUGCAAUUGGCUCAGAACAGGGCAGCAUGGCUGGCCCUUGGAUGUACACAGAGAGCUAAUAUUAAUAAUAUGCAUGUCAAUCUCUCCUGGCUCAAAGUGGAGGAGAGAUUGACUUCAUCACUACUUGUAUUAGUGAGAGGUAUUGACAUGUUGAAUGCACCGAGUUGUCUGUCUAAACUACUAGCACACAGCGCAGACAUCCAUGCCCACCCCACAAGACAUGCCACCAGAGGUCUCUUCACAGUCCCCAAGUCCAGAACAGACUAUGGGAGGUGCACAGUACUACAUAGAGCCAUGACUACAUGGAACUCUAUUCCACAUCAAGUAACUGAUGCAGCAGUAAAAUUAAAAAAAAAAAAAAAAACAUUUUAAAAAACACCUUAUGGAACAGCAGGGAACUGUGAAGCAACACAAACAUUGGCGCAGACAAAUGCAUACACACACACACACACACACACACACACACACACACACACACACACACACACACACACACACACACACACACACACACACACACACACACACAAUAACAUACACACCUUAUAUACACAUGGAUUUAGUACUGUAGAUAUGUAGUGGUGGAGUAGGGGCCUGAGGGCACAUAGUGUGUUGUGAAAUCUGUGAAUAUAUUGUAAGGUUUUUAAAAUUGUAUAAACUGCCUUCAUUUUGCUCGACCCCAGAAAGAGUAGCUGCUGCUUUGGCAGGAACUAAUGAGGAUCCAUAAUAAACCCCCAGGAAGAGUAGCUGCUGCUUUGGCAGGAACUAAUGGGGAUCCAUAAUAAACCCCCAGGAAGAGUAGCUGCUGCUUUGGCAGGAACUAAUGGAGAUCCAUAAUAAACCCCCAGGAAGAGUAGCUGCUGCUUUGGCAGCAGUUAAUGGGGAUCCAUAAUAAAUACUAAUAAAAACACAUGAUUCUCUUUGUACUUUUACAAAUAAUUGUAUUCUUUAAUAGAAAACUUGAAAAAUAAAUGUUAUGUUUGAAAAUAAA